GACUCGGAGAUGGAAAUGUACAUUAUUGCCUUUUGUCUACUUACUGGUGUGUUCCUUGCAGCAGUGAAGCUUUACCAAGUGUCCAUCAAAAAACCUUAUAAAUCCAGUGUCAAACUUCACGGAAAGACGGCCAUUGUCACGGGAGCAAAUACUGGAUUAGGAUUUUGGACAGCUCUUGAUUUGGCAAAGAGAGGAGCCCAUGUCAUUUUGGCUUGUAGAAACUUGCAAAAAGCAGAAGAAGCAAGGAAAAAAAUUCUGGAGGCACUAGAGGGUGGGGGUGAUGUAGUGGUCAGGCACUUGGAUCUGAGCUCUAUGAGGUCUGUAAGGCAGUUUGCUAGAGAGACAUAUGAACAGGAAGCAAGACUGGAUAUUCUCAUCAACAAUGCUGCAGUGUCAG